AUGUCGACGAUCUUUCGGGUUGCUCCUAGCUGGCCUGGUUUUAGUGGCGUCGAGAACCUUAUCAUUUUCGGUGAUUCCUACAGUUCUGUGGGCUACGAAGGCAACGAGGCAGAUCACCCAACGGCAUCAAAUCCACUUGGCGUACCAUACCCGGGCUUGACCUGGAAUGAGCCUGAUCUUCCCAAUUGGGUGGGCCAUCUAAUCACAAAAUUCUGCCCCCCACCCCGCUACGAUCCAAACGCAGAAGAGGGUCAAGAGGUCGCAGGAUAUACCGAUUCGCCUCUCUUAGUUUAUGAUUAUGCUCGAGGAGGCGAUACGAUCGCAGGUGUUCGUCGUCAAAUUCAAGAACAGUUCCUGAAGAAAGUGGGCCAAAAACCAAGCUGGGCACCGUGGGCAGCCAAUAACUCUCUGUUUGUAACGUGGGUGGGGAUCAACGACUGCGCAUAUUCCUCUCAACAUCAAUCGACUUUGGAGACCCUUUUUAAACUCCAAGAUGAACUCUACGAGGCAGGCGCUCGGAAUUUCUUAUUCAUCGAUGUCCCACCAAUCCACCGAAGUCCAGCGGUCCCCGAGCAUCGACAAAAUUCCGCAUCGUUUGACAAUUGGAAUACAUCACUACGAGUUGGAGCAAAGAAGUUUUCCGACGCCCACGAUGAUGCCACAGUUCUUCUAUUCUCCUCGUUUCGUGCGUUUGAAACCUUCCUGGAUGAUCCGGAAGUCAAUGGGUUUGAGAAAAAGGAUAUUCGAAAGUGGGGCGGAUCUGUUUGGGUCGAUCAUAUACACCCAUCAAGCCAAGUUCAUGAAUUCAUCGCGAGCCAUGUAGCGGAUUUUCUUGACGAAGUCCAGCGUGUGGUCUGA